AUGAAUUACACAUGGAGACUUUUUAAAUAUUCAAAACUUGUUGAAAAUCAAGAUGACAAAUUAUCUUAUUGUAAACAUAAUAUGGAGUCUAUUAGUCAGACUAUUACACAUUCACAGUUAGAUUCACAAGGCAUAAAGAAAGAACAGUGGUUACAUAUUUACAUGGAAAGUAAUAGAUUUAUUGAAAUUACUUUAUACAACAGAAUAUUGGAAAUAAAACUUUGCAUUCAUAAUCCUCCAAAUAUUAGAGUUACUAAGCUUGAGAAUAUUAAUCUUGGCAGUUCAGUCAGGAUGUGUCUUAAAGGGCGUGUGUUGGCAUUUAAAUUUGUUGAUAGUAAAAAGAAAUUUCAAGUUGUUUUUUUUAAUUCAGAUGAAGCAAAUAUUUUUUUUAAUAAACUAAAUUUAUUGAUAGAAGUAAAUACGGAAGAUAAGAAACUUUAUAAAGAGUUAAAACAAAAAUUUUUAGAAAAUUUUAAAAAUAAACAGAUUGACGAAGACGUAAGAAAAAACAUGCAGACUAAUAAAAACAAGAUAGAAUUAAUUCAAGAAUUUCUCAAAUUAAUAAAAGACUAA